UCCGCUCCGCUCUCCCUGCGCUCCGCACCCGGCACCUCCCGCUGGCCAUGGCCUCGCCGUUGCGCUGCGCGCUGCUGUGCGCGCUGCUAUGGGCGCAGCGCCCAGCGCCCUCCCGCGCAGGAGGGUGCAGCGAGCUGGAGCUCUGUGAGACCUGCACGGGCAGCCCCAGCUCACACAACAGCACCGACUGCGUCUGGGUGCGCUGUGCGACCCCCGAGGAGCCAGAGAAGGGGAGCUGCGUGCGGAGAGGGGGGGCCGUGAGGGAAACCUGUGUGCUCUACAACACCAGCACCCAGUGCCGAGCGCUGAAGUCCCAUACUGAAGAGCCUCCACGGUCCCAUGGCAAGGAGCCAACAACGACACAUGCACCGAGGACCACCAGCACCAGCGCCCCAUUGACGGGCAGCCCCGAGUUCCACCCUCCUGGCUUCGACACGGCUAGCUUCAUCGGUGGCAUUGUGCUGGUGCUCAGCAUCCAGGCUGUGGUCUUCUUCAUCAUUAAGUUCAUCAAGUCCAAGGACAGCACCUACCAAACACUAGAGGACAACCAGUAGGUCCUGGGUGCUGGUGGCAAUGGGGACCUGCACCCGCAGAGCUUCACCCUUCCCUCACCCCUACCUGUGGGGAAGCCGGGGGGUGUCGUGGUCCCUCUCCUGGUGUGCAUGGGGGGUGUUUCCCAACUCGUUUGCUGUUUUCCUGGGAGUUGUUAGUGCAGGAAGGAAAAGGGGGUCCCCCCCUUGUCCCCCCCAUAUGGAGCGCCUGGAUGGAGCCAGUGCCCGGACCCUUGGCACAUCUGUGUCCCCUCCCCACCCUGGGCAUCCCCUGCCCCAUUGCCUCCCCUCAGCCGUGGGGCUCACCCCAGAGGGGUCUUGCUGUGUGCUUUUGCUGUGCCUCUAUCUUGCUGUGGGGUGUUUGGGGGGUCCCCCCGUGUCUGUGUGCUGUCUGGGGGGGUGCGUGCUGUGUGCUGUGGGGUGACACCUGUAGCUAGGGCUGCCCCAAUUAAACUCUGUGAGGUGGCGUCUGUCUCAUGUCCGGGGGGUGUAGCCGGGGGGGGGGUACAGUAAGUGCCCCCAUCGCUCCUCUUCGGUGCAGGACCAGCCCUUCCCCAUGGCUUUGCCACCGCACUUUGGUACCCUCCCUUCAUCCCACUCCCUGGGGGGGCUGC